UUUUAACAUUUUCGCACGACUGGGCGAGUUUCACGAAAGCCGUUUUGUGGGUAGACGGAAGAACAGUAACUUUAAAACGUAAUUUUGGAACUUUUUAACGCUUCAAAAUGACUCGAAUGUUGGUUUCCAGAAGUUUUGCACAAGCAACGUGCUGGAUUGGCGUCUUGCAAGUGCUGUUUGGGACUUGCCUUGCGCUCUGUGGUUUCAUAGAGUUGGGGAUGUUUCACAAUCUUUCUGCGGAUGGAUUUUGGACUGGCUUCCCGUUGCUUGUCCCUGGUUUUCUUGCAAUAAUCAUUUUAGCUACACGUCGCAAGGAAGCGGUUGUUCCAUUUUUCUUUGCAAAUGUGAUCGUUUUGGUAUUGUGCAUUGUCCACGCUGCUUUGACCAAGGAUGAGAUUGACCACUGGAAGAAGUACAAAGACUACGUCAUCAAUGGCAAAUGCUAUGAGCGUGGGGAUAUUUGCAGUUGCCCUGGAGACGCCCAGACGAAAUACUAUGUGCAAAGAUGUGACCUCUUUUCCUUUGGAUACGAUUUGUACUGGGCAUUUGUCGCAUUCGACAUUGUUGGCGUGAUUCUCUCGGCAGUUGGUGCCUUUGCUGGUCUUUAUGGAUCUUGUAAAGAAACUGAAAAGGAAGAAGAUGAAGACCCAAGUAUUUAAAAGGAUUUGGCUGGAUUAACAGGACGGUAGAGAUGCUCAAUUCUACACUAAUUUGGGGAGUUAUCGUAACAUUAUGAAGCGUUGACCUUGCUAUUUUGGAACUAUUCAAAUGACACAAUUAUCGUACUUAUUAUACUGGUACUUCCAGCUUUGUUUUUAUAGCCAUAAAUAGUAUUUUUUAUGCUAAGUAUAUCUUUAAAUUCUAUCUUUGAUUGUUUGUUCUUUCAUCGUGUAAUUGGAACGUCAAUGAUGGGCGAUACCAUAAGUUCAUUAGUUCAAAGCAACCGAAGCUCGAAAGAAAAAAUAAUUAUGAAGAAAUCUAAGAAUAAUGUAAGUGUAAAACGACAGUCCGUUUAGAUGCAGUUCCUUUGAAAUCCAAGUCAUGUCUUUGUUGACAAACUGUUCUUGCAGCCCUUCUAUCUUAUAUCCUAUUGAAUAGAUUGCGUUAAUUAAUUUUCUCGCUGUAUUUCAAGUUAUUUAAUAAUGCAUUUUUUCAUAUGUAAGCUAAUAAGUAAAUGAAAGUAUUUUGUUAAACAUUAAGCAUUAAUGUUGUUUUUAGUUAGUAUACAGGCAACAGUUAAUAAGAAACCAAACUGUAUAUUUUGUUAGCCCCCUUUCCAGUGACCGCCCCUCUCCAAUGAGAGCCCCUUUUUGAGCAACAAUUUAAAUGACCGCUCCCUCUCCAAUAAGCACUCCUCAAAUAUCAUAAAAACAGAUCGAUGAGUCAUCAUAAGUCAUCAGUUACAACGUGUUUAAUAAAAGAUCUUCUUUCAAUUCGAGAAGUUCUCUUUUUGUAAAAGUUGCUUUGUUAAAAGUUUCAAUUUGGUUAUGUACUCUCAUACUGUCAUCUAAAAAUAGGAAUAAUUAUUGAUUUCUUUCAGUUUGUUCAUUUUGUUUGCAUUUCAAACUUUGUCUCUCGUCUGUGGA